AUGCCCUAUACGCCGUCCGGGUUCUUUUGCGACCGCCUCAUCCGGGAGAGGGAGAGGCGAGAUGGGGAAGGGUCUCUCAACAAGCCCCUCAGGUUUAAUGGACAGGAUUACAACACUUUGAGACAGGAGUGUGUUCAGAGAAAAAGCCUGUUUGAGGAUGAGUCUUUCCCGGCCACCGUGGAGUCUCUGGGCUUCAAGGAGCUCGGACAUAAAUCCACCAAAGUCAAGAACAUCGUCUGGAAGCGCCCCAAGGAAAUUUGUGAAAAUCCCCAGUUCAUUGUUGGAGGAGCCAGCAGGACUGACAUCUGUCAAGGAGAUCUGGGUGACUGCUGGCUGUUGGCUGCUAUUGCUUGUCUGACCCUAAAUGAGAAACUCCUGUUUCGUGUUGUUCCCCAUGAGCAAAGUUACACAGAGAGCUAUGCUGGAAUCUUCCACUUCCAGUUUUGGCGCUAUGGCGACUGGGUGGAUGUAGUCAUUGACGACCGCAUCCCAACCGUCAACAACCAGCUGGUCUUCACCAAAUCUGCCGAGAGGAAUGAGUUCUGGAGCGCCCUGCUGGAGAAGGCCUACGCCAAGCUCCAUGGGUCCUACGAGGCUCUGAAGGGCGGGAACACCACUGAAGCCAUGGAGGACUUCACUGGAGGAGUCACUGAGUUUUAUGAAAUGAAGGAAGCCCCAAAAGAGCUGUACAAGAUCAUGAAGAAGGCUUUGGACCGCGGCUCUCUAAUGGGCUGUUCCAUUGAUUCCCUUGUUCCAGCCCGAUUUGAAACCCGUACUGUAACUGGGCUGGUGAAGGGUCACGCCUAUUCAGUCACAGCUGUUGAGGAGUGUAAAUCAUCCCAGAAUAAAGAGUCGAAAAUCCGUCUGGUGAGACUCAGAAAUCCCUGGGGUCAAGUCGAGUGGAAUGGACCCUGGAGUGACAACUCUAAGGAAUGGGCCACAUUGCCAAAGGCUGAAAAGGAGAAGCUUCAACACCAAAGCGCAGAGGAUGGAGAGUUCUGGAUGUCUUUUGAUGACUUUAAGAAGAACUACACAAAGAUUGAGAUCUGUAACUUGACUCCUGACGCUCUUGAAGACGAUAAAAUCCACAAAUGGACUGUGUCAGUGAAUGAGGGCCGCUGGGUGAGAGGCUGCUCAGCCGGAGGCUGCAGGAACUACCCAGACACGUUCUGGACAAACCCUCAGUAUCGCCUGCGGCUCCUGGAGGAGGAUGACGACUCUGAGGAGGGGGAGGUCGGCUGCACGUUUGUGGUUUCACUGAUGCAGAAGAACAGAAGGAAAGAGCGCAAACUGGGAGCAAACCUGUUCACGAUCGGCUACUCCAUCUACGAGGUGCCAAAGGAGAUGCACGGUAACAAGCAGCACAUGCAGAAGGACUUUUUCCUCUUGAACCAGUCCAAGGCUCGCUGUAAAUCCUUCAUAAACCUGAGAGAGGUGACGCAGCGCUUCCGCCUCAGUCCCGGUGAAUAUGUGCUCGUGCCAUCGACCUACGAGCCGCAUCAGGAGGGAGAGUUCAUCCUCCGGGUGUUCUCUGAAAAGAGAAAUACUUCAGAGGAGAUUGAGAACAGGAUCGAAGCGGACCAUCCCGUGCCUGCUCCAUCCUCAGUGGGGGAAGAGAGUGAAGAGGACCAGCAGUUCAGGUCUAUUUUUCAAGAAAUAGCCGGUGAAGAGAUGGAAAUAACGGCCAAUGAACUGCAAAAUGUCCUCAACAGAGUGAUCACCAAAAACAAGGACAUAAACACUGAGGGCUUCAGUCUGGAGAGCUGCAGGAGCAUGAUAGCUCUUAUGGACAUGGACGGGACAGGCCGACUGAACCUCCAGGAGUUCAGGCAUCUGUGGAAUAAGAUCAAGCAGUGGCAGGGAAUCUUUAAGCACUAUAAUGCUGAACAGUCUGGAAGCAUCAACAGUUAUGAGAUGAGGAACGCUGUCAACGAUGCAGGCUUCCGUCUCAAUAACCAGCUGUAUCACCUCAUCACCAUGCGCUAUGCUAAUGAGAGCAUGAACAUCGACUUUGACAGCUUCAUCAGCUGCCUGGUCCGACUGGAAGCCAUGUUCAGGGCGUUCCAGGCCUUCGAUCAGGACGGAGAUGGAACCAUCAGACUUAGUGUCCUGGAGUGGCUCCAGUUGACCAUGUACGCCUGA